AUGGAUGCUGUCUGGCUGCGCUGCUUGAUCCUGACCGUAAUACCAAUAUGGAUGGGUUCGUGUGUCACACAACUAAAGCAAACAAGAUGGCCUUUAUAUUCCCAGACACCAGUCCUCCUGGUUUGGAAUGCCCCCACGCAGGACUGUGCCCCAAGGCACGGGGUCACUUUACCCUUGGACCAGUUUGAUAUCGUGGCUUCGCCUAAUGAGGGCUUUGUCCGACAAAACUUGACCAUAUUCUACAAGGAGCGCCUUGGCCUCUACCCUUAUUACAAGCGAGAUGGCAUUGCGGUAAAUGGAGGCCUUCCACAGCUUGCCAGCCUCGCUGAACACUAUGAGAAAAUGCCAGAAGGCGUACAGAAAUACAUCCGGGAGCCAGCGGCCAAAGGUUUGGCUGUUAUUGACUGGGAAGAAUGGCGCCCGCUGUGGAUCAGGAACUGGGAUUCCAAAGACAUCUAUCGAAGAAAAUCCAAAGAGAUGGUUCUCAAAAAGAACCCAACAUGGAGCCAAGACCAAGCUGCAAAAGUGGCCCAGCAGGAGUUUGAGCUCUCUGCACGUAAAUUUAUGCUGGAGACACUGAAACUUGCAAAAAGUUUGAGGCCCAAUCAACUAUGGGGCUUUUACUUGUUUCCAGAUUGUUACAACCAUGACUACAGAAACGGCCUGAAGAACUACACAGGUCGCUGUCCCACGCUGGAGGUGUACCGUAACGACCAGCUUAAUUGGCUGUGGAUGGAGUGCACUGCACUUUUCCCCUCCAUAUACAUGGGAUCUGUGCUGCGCUCCACACAUUAUGGCCGCCUCUUCGUGCGCAACAGGGUAAAGGAGGCCAUGCGCCUGGCAUCUGUUGGGAAUGGAUCAGCUCGGCCAGUUUUCGUCUACACUCAACCUACGUACAUCAAUGAGAUGGAACUGGAACGACUCACUGAGAUGGAUCUGGUGUCCACCAUUGGUGAGAGUGUAGCACUGGGAGUGGCAGGAGUCAUCUUCUGGGGGGACUCUUCCUACUCGAGUGACAGCAGCUGUUUGGCCCUGAAAGACUAUCUCAGUGGAACACUGGGCCGCUACCUGCUCAACGUGUCCACAGCGGCAGAGGAGUGCAGUCGGGCGCGGUGCAACCUGCACGGCCGCUGCCUGCGCAGUCAGCCGGACAGCAACACAUACUUGCAUCUCAGCGCGUCCACACACAGCAUCAGCAGGCAGGACGGCCGCCUGAAAGUGCGCGGCAAGCCUGGCGAACCCGAGCUGACUCUUUUCCGUCAACACUUUCAGUGCCAGUGCUACACUGGCUACCAAGGGGAGGCUUGCGCUCUUAGAGCUCAUGGGCAUGGUAUAGCCCAUUCUGCUUUCGCAUCAUGGCUACUUAGCCUCUUACUUCCACUGGGAUUCCUCAUUCUGCUGCAGUAA